AUGCGAUUACUCCCAGUCUACUACACAGCGAUAACAUUACCACCCAUCCUGCUCUACUCCACCUUCGUAUCCGCACAGACCUCAUUACACGACCUCCCAGCGAUCAAAGACUUCCUAGAUUGUCUUGGCUCAUCCAAGGAGCAAUACAAGUUCAACCUCGACGAAGGGGAGAUGCUUGUCCUGCCCGCUGAUGGACGACAUCUCAAUGCUACUCAGCAGGACAACACCCUCGUGAAUUGCAUUGCAAAGUACAAUGAUCGUAUCAAUGUGGUGAUGUACGGUAGUGCGUACGAGGACAGUACCGUCACAGGUAGUUUCGCAGCCGAUCAGUUGGUUGAGAGGUUAGAAAGACAUGGAAUAUCGACUAUACCCCGCAGAAGACCCAGGGGAGGCUUUGCGUUGAACGGACAUAAAGAAUUGUAG